UCUGGCUCGGCGAUAGGCACGCAAAGACGAACGCUUAAAUACUGCUAAAAAGCAAGCCUGUUCGUUACAAUGGCCAGCUCUGACAGCUGUCACUGUAGCGGCAGGAAGCAAAACAGCAUCCUCUACAGCAUUUUGAAAAAUGACAGCCAAGCCGAAAUACAACAGCACCAGACUCUUCAGCAGCAGGUUUGCUCUUGCGGAUCUAAGAAAAACGUAGCUCUUACAUGCCCGCAGGUCACCUGCAAGGCUGCAUCUGCUGUUUUGGUAAAGACGCUGAAGUUCAUUAAGAACCUGCCAUGCUUUCAGGAGCUGCCCGGAGAAGAUCAGUUGGUACUGGUUCGCAACUGCUGGGCACCGCUUCUGGUUCUUGGAUUGGCACAAGACCGCGUGGACAUUGAGACUAUAGAGACCCCAGAACCAAGUAUGUUACAAAAGAUUUUAACUGGGGGGCAGGAAGACUCUAGAGAAUCUCUCCAUGUCAACGAGCAGCAUAUCUCGACGACAAAGAUCCAAGAUAUAAAGUCAUUUUUAAGCAAGUGCUGGGCUCUGGACAUUAGUACAAAGGAAUAUGCUUACCUCAAAGGGGCAAUCCUGUUUAAUCCAGAUCUGCCAGGUCUGCGCCAUACACCUUACAUUCGAGGACUGCAGAGCGAAGCACAGCGGGCGCUGAACGAGUAUGUCAGAAUGAUCCACCGGGAGGACCUUACAAGAUUUGCAAAACUGAUCAUUGCUCUGUCUUUGCUCCGUUCCUUCACCCCUAAUGUUGUGACUGAACUGUUUUUUAGACCCAUCAUUGGGAACGUGAAUAUGGACGAUUUACUCCUAGAGAUGUUUUAUGCCAAAUAAACUCUUGUUGUACCGGAGAAAAAGCUUGUUGUAUAAAAACAGUUAUGGGCGCUUAAAAAGCUCAAGGUUACUAAACUUAUUUCUUUUUACAUAGACGUUAUUUUUGUAUAUCAAAUAAAAAAAAUUCAAAAAACUUAACGUAGGUUAUUUGUCAUACAGUGUGUUCAUCGUGGCGUUUAAAGCAGUGCUUGUUCUUCAUUCUGCCGACUCCUAUCCGUGAUUUCCAUGGCUAGCCUACUGCGUUUAAAGUAUGAUGCCAGUCAUUAUUUUUAUUAUGCUUUUUCUGUGUAGAGUUAGAGCGUGGUAUGCCAAAGUCAUUAAAACUUUUAAAAUGUUGUAGUUUGACAUCAAGAUGGCUACAUUUGAAGAGCUUAUUAAACAAUUCA